UUUUGGGGCCAUUUAUCCCUCUCGCUUCGCCUCUUCCUCUCUGAUCAUCAUCAUCCUCGCAGGCCAGCUGUGCUGUUUUGGCAACUGCUGUUUUAGCUUCACAGUCGAUUGAUCGCAGUUUAUGCGAAGGUUUGGUUUCCAGAGCCCCUAUUUGUCUACGCUUGGGUAAUGGAAAUGGGCCGUGUUCAACAGUUCUGCAACUGGCUAGUUCGAGCUAGCUAGCGAGCUAACUAGACGCGGGAUUUUGUGCGUGCCUGUGGUCUUUACAGCCAGAAAGCUAAAUAUGAACCUUUGACGUUUCACCCCCUUGAUAUUUGAUACUUUUUCUACCUCUAGAAUCUAGAUACUCUUGGCUUUGGAACGGACAUAAUUUAUCGUUUUGGCUGAGGGCGGAGCAUGACAGACAUGCGAUCCACCAUCCCUCCACCCCGGUGCUUCGUCCAGUCCAAUACGCCGCGGUGUGAGUAGCCCAUCUGGGAAGCGCACAUCAGCAGAAUCCAAUCCUAUGCGCCUCUUGGGUGUCGGGGCGAGAAGGCGCUACUAUUACUUAAGAGCAAUUACGUCGGAGGGAGAGGAGGACGUUGCCUUCCCAUCUCAGGAUUAAACCAUGGCUAAUGAACCUGUCAUCCUUAAUGUGUAUGAUAUGUACUGGAUCAACGAGUACACUUCCAAUCUGGGUGUUGGAGUCUACCACUCAGGCAUUGAGAUCUAUGGCCGAGAGUUUGCAUAUGGAGGUCAUCCGUACCCAUUUAGUGGUAUAUUUGAAAUAAACCCUGGAAACACCACUGAAUUAGGAGAGACCUUCAAAUUCAAGGAGGCUAUCGCUCUGGGCACAACAGACUUUGCAGAGGAGGAUAUGGACAAAAUCAUGGAGGAGCUGGGGAGAGAUUUCAAGGGCAACGCCUACCAUCUAAUGCACAAGAACUGCAACCACUUCUCAUCCUCGCUGUCUGAGCUGUUGUGUGGGCGUGAGAUCCCUCGCUGGGUGAACCGCCUGGCCUACUUUAGCUCCUGCGUGCCCUUCCUCCAGACCUGCCUCCCUAAGGAGUGGCUGACCCCCGCGGCCCUCCAGAGCCACAUCAGCAUGGGCCUCCACAAGGACGAGCGGGAGGCCGGGGAGUCCAGCGACGAGGACCCCAACUCAGCUUCCGGGACCGCUGGGGCGGGCACUGGAUUCUCACACAGCUGUCGCCAUACACGGGUCUGAACCAAUGACUGUAGGUCUUAAGAGAAUAGCCAAUAGGACUCUCUUUCAAUUACCUUUGACCUCUGAACUCUGGACCAGAAGGUCACCAGGUCACCUCUGGAGGAAAUGUAGUGAUGUAAUAUCUGUGGGCCUGACUGAAUAACCUCCUGACCUCUAAGUGCCACUGAGAACAGAGACAGGGAUGGAUGAUUAGUUAGACUGCUAGUGCUAACUCAUGGAGCCGCCGGUCCAGGGGACCUGCAAAAUCCACAGGUACUUGGAUCCUUUCCCUGGUUCUCUCCCUUUGAGAGUACGGUAGAUAUAUUCUGAAGGAUUUGUUAUAUAGGUGUUGACCAACUAACUCAGAGCGUGACGUGGCUCUCUCUCAGAUAGACCACAGCUACGCGAUGUACUGCAGGUCUGAGGUACUUUCUAGUAGUUGUCUUUUUCCAGGAACUUUUAAACUUUUGUCCGCCUUCAUCCCUGAUUCUCUCCUUCCAGAGCUGCUGCUUCUUUAGACUAGAUGUAUAUCUGACACCACAGAGAUACAGCUGUUGGUCGCAUCCCAAAUGUGCACCCUAUGUCUAAGUAUCUCUCUGUCUGAGACUACCGCGGCAGGUAGCUUUAGUGGUUAAGAGCGUUGUGCCAGUAACCGAAAGGUCGCUGGUUCUAAUCCCCGAGCCCGCUAGGUGAAA